AUGUCUUUGUCUAUCAUUCAUGCAUUACUAAUUUUAUUUAAUUCUUGGGUCAAUAUAAAUCCAUCAAAUAUCUCUUCAUUGGGUCAUUUCUCAAAGUUUUUUAUUAAUGAAAUUAAUCCUGAUAAUCAACUAAGACUUUUUAAUUAUCUCAUUCUACAUUUAGAUGAUUUAGAUUUAAAGCCUAUACAUCCUAUACCAUUUCCUUCUGCUGCUCCACAUAACCUUUCAGCUGAUUACAUUAUUCAAUCUAUAUUUAAUGAAAUUGAUUACAAACCAAUGAGUGCUAUUAGUAUAUUAGAACAUCCUUAUAACGAAACAAGAACACUUUUGAUGAAACAAAAUUCUUUUCAAAAACUCAAUUUAACACCUCCAAGAAUUCGUUCCAUUAUCAGAAUUGGAGAUAGAAAAAAUUCAAAUCAACGUCUUGUACACAAUAUGUCUGAGAGUUUAAAUUUAUUUUGA